CCUGAGAGCCCCGCCCAUCGGGAAAAGGAAAUUCACUAGCCGGCUGCUCUCCUGUGGCGUCCCCUGUAUUUUGGGCUACUUCCUAGCCUUUGGGAAAGUGAAUCAUCAUCUCUCGGCCCCCUCAUCCCCCUGUGGCCUAUGGAGAAGCCAGGAUGCGGAGGUCGGGACACAAAACGGACCUACCUAUUUCACUGAAAUUUCCUCGGAGUAAUCAAGCCGCCCUUCGCGCUCCUCCCGCCUGCCCUCCCGACGCAGCUCCAUUUAUAUAGUCCAGUUCUCUAUGUAUUGCAUGUGUCAUGUGUGAGUCGUGUCUUCUCACCAGACUCAGGAGUUCCCCCUUCCGCCCUCCUUCCGAGGGCAGGGCCCCUGCCUGCCGCAGUGAAGUUCUCUAAAGUUUGAUCUAGGGUGGUCGCCCGCUCCAUUGCAGUGGAUUCCUGAAAGUUGGAGACACACGUGGACAGGAUUCCAACAAUCACAGAUGGGGGUGUUGUGUGUGUAACUACGAGGAGCAUUCGUGGCCACCAUGGAGGCAGUCCUGGACCCAGGAGACCGAGACUUGCUGGACUUCCUGAUUGAGGAAGGAGGAGAUCUGAGGGGAAUACCUGGGGAUGGGCAAGAAGUCCAGCAGGUUGAUGAGAUACUGCUUCCAGAGGUCCUAAGUGAGUGGGAUGUAGAAGAUUUUCUGACCUCUCUGCUGGAACCCUCCACCUCACCAUCCCCUCCAGACUCUUCUAGCUACAGCUUCAUUCACACUGAUCACACUUACUCCCUGAGCUGGAAUGUUCAAGCUUCCCCCCAAGAUGAUGUUUACAUUGAUCUGGAUGAUAGAGAGCUCAGAGAUGUGGCUCAAGAAUCAAGGGUCUCCUUGCAAAUGGAAGAAAUGACACUUAAGCAUGAAUUUCCUCCAUUGAUACUGACAGAUGAGGAGAAGAGGCUGCUAGAGAAAGAAGGGUUGCCACUUCCUCAGACUCUCCCACUUACUAAGGCAGAGGAGCGAGCCUUGAAACGAGUUCGGAAGAAGAUUCGGAACAAACAGUCAGCUCAAGAAAGUAGAAGGAAAAGGAAAGUGUAUGUGGGAGGAUUGGAAAGCAGGGUCUUGGCUUGUACAGCCCAAAACUUGGAAUUACAGAAGAAAGUACAGUUCUUGGAGAAGCAGAAUUUGUCUCUUUUGGAUCAGCUGAAGAAGUUCCAGGCUUUGGUAGCUGAGAUGACAACCAAAACCACCAGCAAUAGCACCUGCAUUGUGGUCCUGCUCUUCUCCUUCUGCCUCUUCCUCUUUCCUGCCAUGUAUCCCUCUGAGAUCCGGGGUGACCAACCAGCAGCUUUCAUGCUGUCUCGUCAGAUCCGUUCCAUCCCCAAUGAUGAUGAUCCCUCUCUUCUGGAGUCGCCUGCUUGGCUAAUAGUAGAGAAAUCAGAGGUCACCUCAAAUCCAUCUGAAGCUGUAACCUCUCUAGCCUCAGGCAACUCUUCCUCUGAUUCUCCUGCUGGAAUAAGUGUUGAACAGAUUCUGAAGCCAUCAGAUCCAACAUAUUCUCCUCCUCUGCCCUUGGAGGCCAUAGAGAACCAGGGCUGGACCCCCACCACACCCACCAUUAUUCUUCACGGACGACACUCCAAUGAGAUGUGAUAGGCAGAGUUGGGGGUAGGAAAUGCCAAAAUAUCUGGGAAACACUGAACAAAGUUUGAAUGACUUGAUAUACAAGCAUAUUAUCUCCUUAGGGCCCAGUGUAUAGAUAGAAAAUAAAGCUUGUAUAUCUGAGGCCAGCCUCCCAGACCUGAGAAUUCAUAUCACACUCUUACUGGGUUUUUGGGUUUUUUAUUUGUAUAUUGAGGUCUACUCCCUCACCCAGUUGAGGAUGAGAGAGUCUGGCUCAGGGCAUUGGGAUGGGGAGGGGAAAAGCUGAUCUUUUUGUAAGCAUUUCAUGCAACAAAUGAUUGGGGAGUGGAGGGAAGGUAAAUAAAUAGUGAUUGUGGUGCUUGUAUCCCCCACCCCCAUGGCUCUGCUGGGGGAAGUGAGUGGUGGGUGAUUGUCCUGAUGGCUCAGGCUUGCAGAUGGGAAGAGGGAAGGU